AUUCCUUGUUUUUUUUCAAAAUUCAAUCAUUUAACCAUAUCAUUUAAGGCACAUAAAUGAAAUGUGUAAAAGCCCAAUUCUGCAUAAAUAAAAAAAAAUAGAUUGCGUUUCAUCAACAGAAUGUUUACAAAAUAUAGCUACUUAACGAAACUGGUACGACAAACUAAUGUUUUGAAAUCAAAUUAUCAACAAGCAGCUAAUUCCAGUAAUAAAGCACUUAUACUAGGAAUUGAAACAUCAUGUGACGACACUGGAUGUGCAAUUGUGGACACCGAUGGAAAUAUUCUAGGUGAAGCAGUCCACUGCCAAGAAGCUCUUCAUAUAAAAAAUGGUGGAAUCAUACCUCCGUUGGCCCAAAAUGAGCAUCGAUUACAUAUUGAAAAUGUCUUUGAAAAGACAUUACAUCAAGCCAACAUUUCAUUGCAGGAUAUUAAUGCCAUUGCUGUUACCAAUAGGCCAGGAUUACCCCUAAGUUUGAUGGUUGGUGUACGCUUUGCAAAACACUUAGCUCGACAACACCGAAAACCUCUCAUUCCCGUUCAUCAUAUGGAAGCUCAUGCAUUAACAGUACGACUGGGUAAUAGAGAAAAAAUUCAAUUUCCUUUCCUGGUUCUACUCAUUAGUGGUGGCCAUAGUUUAUUAGCUGUAUUCCAAGAUAUUGAUAAAAUUUUAUUGCUCGGUGAUUCAUAUGAUGAUGCACCUGGUGAGGCAUUUGACAAGACAGCUAGGCGACUGAAGUUAAAUAACUUGAAAGGGUUUGAAAAUUUGUCUGGUGGUAAAGCAAUAGAGUUAGCAGCAAGAGGUGCAAAUAAUCCAUUCAAAUAUGAUUUUCCAUUUUUGUUAAAACAUCAUAACGACUGUUGCUUUUCAUUUGCCGGUCUUAAAAACACCGCUCGAAGACAUAUUGUUUCAGAGGAGAGGAAUUUGGGUGUUAGUCCGGACGGUAUUAUUCCGGAUUAUAAAAACUUUUGUGCUUCAUUCCAAAUGGCUGUUGCAAGACAUCUUUGCCAUCGAACGCAACGAGCUAUGGACUUUUGUAGGUUAAAACAACUAAUUCCACAAGAUAAUGCUAAAUUGGUUGUUUCUGGUGGUGUGGCAUGUAAUAAUUUCAUAUAUGAUGCUCUAUCGCUUGUUUGCAAAGAAAUGGAUUACGAAAUAUUCAGACCAAACCCCAAAUUAUGUACUGAUAAUGGAAUUAUGAUUGCAUGGAAUGGCAUUGAAAAAUAUUUGAGGAACAUUGACAUAGUCUAUGAUAUUGAUUCCAUCCAAAUCAAUCACAAAUCUCCGUUAGGUGAGAGUUUACUAGAAGAUGUAGGGAAGGAAAAUAUUAAAUGCAAAUGGGUCAAAAUACAUAAAAUAUAUGGAGAACAUCAUAAAUUGAAUCCGCAGUGA